AUGAAGAUCGGAAGCUGGUCGCCAUGGGUAGUCGUCGCCGGAGUGUUGGCGGGCUGUCAUGCGGCUGGCGAGUCUCAUCCUAACCUCACCACCAUCCACGAAGCCGGUCGAUGCGCCAUCAGAGGCCACUGCGGCAGCCAGUCUCUUUUCGGCAGCCAGCUACCUUGUCCAGAUAAUGAUCUCGCAGAGGAGCCUUCUGUCGAGCUGCGACAACAGAUCAUCUCCGUGUGUGGAGAUGCCUGGACGGACACGAAGGUUUGCUGCCGGGAAGAGCAGGUCGAAACGCUUCAGUCCAACCUUCAGAAAGCGCAGAACAUCAUCUCAGCAUGUCCAGCUUGCAAGAAGAACUUCUUCGACCUCUUCUGCACCUUCACUUGCUCCCCUGAUCAGAGUCUUUUCGUCAACGUGACGAAGACCGUACCCAAGAAUGGCAAGUUCCUUGUCACGGAGCUGGAUCAUCUCAUCAGCGAUGAAUAUGGCUCAGGCUUCUACGACAGCUGUAAAGACGUCAAGUUUGGUGCGACGGGAGGAAAGGCGAUGGAGUUCAUCGGCGGCGGGGCAAGGAAUUACACGCGAUUCUUGAAGUUUCUGGGCGACAAGAAGCCGUUCUUGGGCAGCCCAUUCCAAAUUGACUUUCCACGACCGUCAAGCGAGGACUUUGGUGACAUGGAGACGAUCUUGGAUGACCCGAAGCCUUGCAAUAGCACGGACGAGCGUUACCGGUGCGCUUGUGUGGACUGUGCGGGAAGCUGUCCGGAAUUGCCCAAGGUCGAGCAGGCGGAGCAAUGUACCGUUGGACUUCUGCCGUGCUUGAGCUUCGGUGUACUCCUCGUGUACUCUGUGUUCAUCACGCUGCUUGUCCUGGCCGUUACUGGACACGCUGCUGCAGCCAAGCGUCGCAAGAGCAAGAACGAGCGGCUGCAAUUGCUGCAUGAUACUACGGCCGACGAAGAGGAUGACGCGAGGGAUGCCAUACAUAUGGCGAGCUUUCAAGGAGACAAGCCAACCAAGCAAUAUGUGCUCAACACAUACUGCGAUCGCGCUUUUAGCAGGCUGGCCAGGACAUGCGCACGGUUUCCCGCUAUCACUAUCGUGAGCUCUAUCAUUGUUGUUGGCUUGCUUAGUCUCGGAUGGAUAAGGUUUGCCAUCGAAACAGACCCCGUGGGACUCUGGGUGGCUCCUAAUUCGGACGCCGCGCAAGAAAAGCACUUCUUUGAUACGAACUUUGGCCCUUUCUUCCGCGCGGAGCAAGCGUUUCUCGUGAACGAUACGCAGCCAUCCGGCCCUGGACCAGUGUUGAGCUAUGAGACGCUACGGUGGUGGUUUGACGUCGAACGGAGAGUAGCAGCGCAGAAGAGCCUUGUCCACAACUACACGCUUCAGGAUGUGUGCUAUAAGCCUACUGGAGAGGCAUGCGUGAUCCAAAGUGUGACCCAGUACUUCGGCGGCUCUUUUGACCAGCUCGAAGAAGACGACUGGGCUGCACAGAUACAGGACUGCGUGGACACACCAGUCAAUUGUCUGCCAGACUUUGGCCAGCCGCUGGCGAUUCAACGAUUGCUAGGAGGCUACAACUACAGCUCACAACCGAUCACAGAUGCCGAGGCUCUGAUCACCACAUGGGUUGUCAAGAACCACAAUCCAGGCGAUCCUGAUUUGGCUAAGGCGGAGGAGUGGGAGGAGAGUGCCAAGCUUCUGCUGCUCGAUGUGCAGAAGGAAGCAAAAGACCGCGGACUCAGAGUGAGCUUCAAUAUGGAGAUCAGUCUCGAACAAGAGCUGAACAAGAAUACCAACACCGAUGCAACGAUUGUCGUCGUCAGCUACAUCGUGAUGUUCUUCUAUGCCUCGCUCGCCCUGGGCUCCACUACGGUCACUGCCAACAUGAUCCUGCGGAAUCCGAGCGCUGCACUAGUCCAGAGCAAAUUCUUACUGGGGAUUGUCGGCAUCCUGAUUGUGCUUAUGAGUGUUGCGGCGAGUGUUGGCUUGUUUGCAGCUUUGGGCGUCAAGGCCACGUUGAUCAUUGCCGAAGUCAUCCCGUUUCUGGUCCUUGCUGUCGGCGUCGACAACAUCUUCCUCAUUGUACACGAGUUCGAGCGUGUCAACGUUAGCCACGCCGAUGAGCCGGUCGCCGAUCGCAUUGCGAGAGCUUUGGGACGCAUGGGCCCGAGCAUAUUGCUAUCUGCGACAACGGAGACGGUUGCUUUUGCGCUGGGCGCUGCAGUGGGUAUGCCGGCUGUGAGGAACUUCGCAGCAUACGCGGCAGGAGCGGUCUUCAUCAACGCGCUUCUACAGGUAACGAUGUUCGUGUCUGUACUUGCGCUGAAUCAGGAGAGAGUGGAAGCGGGUCGAGCAGACUGCAUGCCAUGCCUAAAGAUUAAGCAGAGCCAACCAUCUUCCAUGCCAAACGGCUAUGGUGGUGCUCCAUUCUCCGGCGUCGAGGAGGAAGGCUGGCUCAGCCGGUUCGUGAGGAAGACCUAUGCCCCAGCCAUACUCGACAAUCGUGCCAGGGUCGUAAUCAUGACUGUCUUCCUUGGGUUCUUCGCUGCAGGCAUCGCGCUCUUACCGGAGGUUCAACUUGGACUGGAUCAGCGCAUCGCGGUUCCGAGUGAUAGCUACCUAAUCAAUUACUACAACGACUUGUAUGACUACUUUGGGGCUGGACCACCCGUCUACUUCGUCACGAAGAAUGUGAACGCCACCCAGCGACACCGGCAGCAGCAGCUAUGCGGGCGCUUUAGCACGUGCGAGUCCUUCUCCUUAGCCAACAUACUCGAGCAGGAGCGGAAGAGGCCAGAGAUCAGCUAUGUUGCGGACGCUACCGCCAGUUGGGUGGACGAUUACUUGCACUGGCUUAAUCCCGACCUUGAGGACUGCUGCGUUGACGGGUCCACUACCUGCUUUGCAGACCGUAACCCUGCCUGGAAUAUCAGCUUGUAUGGUAUGCCAGAAGGCGAGGAGUUCGUGGACUACGCAGCCCGAUGGCUUCGGUCGCCGACGAGCCCGGAGUGUCCGCUUGCUGGACAAGCCACGUACGGAGACGCCGUUGUGAUCAACAAGAACCGCACUACGACGCCUGCGACCCAUUUCAGGACGGCCCACACCCCACUGCGGAGUCAGAAGGACUUUAUCAACGCCUACGCCUCGGCGCGCCGUAUUGCGAACGAGGUCAACGAGCGCAAUGAAGGCAUCCAAGUCUUCCCUUACAGCAAGUUCUACAUCUUCUUCGACCAGUACGCCAGCAUUGUCCGGCUGUCGACAGCACUUGUCGGCGCAGCGUUGGCCAUCAUUUUGGUCAUAGUUUCCACUCUACUCGGCUCGAUAGCCACCGGCAUUGUGGUCACCAUCACGGUCGCCAUGAUUGUCGUCGACAUCGCUGGCACUAUGGCACUCGCGAAAGUCUCGCUGAAUGCCGUGAGCUUGGUGAACAUCAUCAUCAGCGUCGGUAUCGGUGUCGAGUUCUGCGCUCACAUUGCAAGAGCUUACACCAUCCCUUCCACCUCUAUUCUUGAGCGUGCGCCAAGCAAGUUCAUGAGCGCACAAAGCCGGUUUGGCGGCAGGGAGGCAAGGGCUUGGGCCGCAUUGGUCAAUGUGGGAGGGAGUGUGUUUAGUGGCAUCACGGUUACGAAGCUACUUGGAGUGUUUGUCUUGGGCUUUACGCAGAGUAAGAUCUUUGAGGUAUACUACUUCAGGGUAUGGUUGGCACUUGUAUUAUGGGCGGCUUUGCACGCGUUGGUGUUCUUGCCCGUGGCGUUGAGCUUCUUUGGUGGCAGAGGUUAUGUUGAUCCCGAGAGCGACGGUGGCUUGGAGCAAGAUCUGGCGAGUCGGCGGUACAGGGCGCUCUUACCGGACGAAGAAGACGAAGAGGACUACUAG